ACAUAACAAACACAAUACGCUCACACUCUCUGUCUAUCCCCUACUCCGCGUGUCUCCCAUCUGUCUCUGCUGGACCACCACCCAUAUCCACCACAAUUGCCAUGCCUUGCCUUGCCAUGCCAUGCCCUGCCCUGCCUAAUAAAACCAUCGUGACACCCCCGUGCACGUACGCUUUCCCUCUCGUCGUCCGUCCCAAUCUUCUCUUCUCCUGGCCGUGUCGUCUCGUCGAGGGUGCAACUUUGCAACACGUCUGCCACGUACAACAAGCUCGUCCACCAAUGCGCUGUUAAACGGGCCUGCGGUUUUUGGUUUCAACGUCCCUUCAACUCGCCAUCUUCGUCCCGUCUUCGCUCCUUCGCCCUCUACACUAUCCUCCACCUCCGUCACCCUCGCUCUCUCUUUCACUCUCGCUAGUCCCUACCCAAAACAAAGUUGGAUCGAGCUUCCGACAGCUGCUGUGGUCCUCCGAGUACUUCUCUCGGACCCUUCAUCUACGCCUCACCCCCUCCCCUUCCUCCUCCAACUCCUCCCUUUGCUCGCCUUCUUCAACCUCUGCUCUCGCAAUCUCAGUCCAUCUCUCCCUUCCGUCGCCCGCCUCCCCGUGUCUCGCUUCCUUCGACCCGCCAACCACUGCAUCAUCGCACCAUCUACCGCCUUCGAGUGGAAAGACAAUCCGACCCGGUGCUCCCCAACAAUCCCGUUCGCCUGCUCUCUUGUCACCUUACCUGCUGGCGGUGUUCCCUUUGGAGUGGGUUGACAUCAGGACAUUGCCCGGCUGCGAAACUACCACUUGACCGCCGGCUCUCGCUGUCACUCUUCAUUCCUUCCAUACCAGGCCGCCUCUUUGGCUACUCUACCCCCUGAUUCUUGGCGGUUGUCUGUUCUCCUUUUCUUGGGACAGACACCUCGAAUCGGCUUGGAUCAUUCUUGAGUCCUGGACACGACCCAGCAACCACACAUCAUUAUUUAGCCACGUUCGUCGGCUUCACCUUUUCGCAAAGAUGGCUGUUUCUCAGGAAACGGCGGCUCCCAUCGCCCUCCCUGAAAAGGCGGCGUACGCACCGCUCUCCGACAAUAUGACGUCGGGCAACCUCACUCCCGUCGCCUCGACUCCCGAGAAGAGCUUGGAGAUGCCUCGCGAAAGCAACCUUUCUACCCCGCGGUCCUACCGCAACGAGAACCCCUUCGACACGGAUAUCGAGGCCAUGAUCACUACGACAUCCUCCUCCGACCCCUACGCCAUGAAGAGCAUUACAACCACAAAGGACUGCCCAACGAUAUGGCCGGGUAAGCAGGAUUGGAAGGCCAAGGCCAAGGCUGCAAAGAGGGAGCGUGGCUCCUGCGCCUGCAUGGCUCGCAUGAGCAAGAAGAACCGCAUCAUCAUGAAGGUUGCCAUCGGCCUUCUUAUUAUCGGUGUCGGCGUCGGUGUCGGAUUCGGCGUAAGCAAGCCCUUAGGCGCACCCAUCUGGGGCGAUAACGACAAGAACCAUUGAAGAAGGGACCACUCUUCCUGGCAACAAUUUUCGACAACGGUCUUUUGUAAUAGACGUGUGUCUGUGGCGAUAACGACAAGAACCAUUGAAGAAGGGACCACUCUUCCUGGCAACAAUUUUCGACAACGGUCUUUUGUAAUAGACGUGUGUCUGUGGCUUGGAACUCGACUACUGUCGCCAUCUAUUCGACGCUGCUAUACACGCUAUGCUCGCAUGGGCUACUCGACCACUACUACCGCAUCCGACGCCGGCACACUCGAGCCGCUUUCCCUUCAGCUUGUAUCAUAUGCAACGACUUAUUCGCACCAGGACCGCCCGAAGGCCACACCGGGUGGUUUCCAAACCCAUUUGUUUCUUUUUGUCAACCCGUAUCACCAAUCUCUGGUAAGGGGCCACCAUAAUUACGACCAGGCGUUUUUUGGAGUCAUUGCAGGGACAUUCAAUCAAUAGCGAGCGAGCAGCGGCACUUUUCGAUUCAGUACCUUCUGCAAAAAGAAGCAUCCCUAGGCCAUAACACGCUCGAGGGCAUUGGGGCUUCUAGACGCGGAACACGGGUCCGGCGUCUGUGUCUACGCAGAGAGCAAGGGAAUUCCUACUUUUCUAUUCUUCGUUGGGGAGAACAGCACCAGCAUUUUCUCGGCACAAGGGUUUUGGCCGAGGGAGGCACGCCUGCAGCGUUUGUGAAGAAGGCAUGCGGUUUCGUCACCACUUGCGGCUUGUGAGAGGAUAAAAGGAUAUUUGGGAGUGGGAAAGGGGGCUUACUGUCCGGCUUGUGUUAGACGGCCACUCUAUGCAUUAGGGUACUUGGCAAGAGCAAUCAAAGAGUUCAUGGGGAUCUUCCGCAGUCGAGAAGUGCUCUGGCUGGCGGGUGGAGAUCCCUCAUUAUUUCUGGCUACAUGCACCAUCUCAGUCCUCUCUCGAUC